AUGGAUGCAGGCAAAGGUGAUCGUAAGAAGAAGGGGAUAUGGGAGGCGGCGGACGUCGACCACCCGUCCUAUUCUUCUUACUGCUUGUUCCCGGACCCCCCCUGUAGCAAGAGCCACCUCCUCGACAUCUUCUCGCUGGAUCAGCCACAACCACAGCUAGAGCUGCCAAAGCUGGAGGAUAAUCCAAGCAGUGAAGUUUUGACUCCAGAAAAUCGGAAGGUGCAUAUAGAAGUGCAAGCACAACUCCCUGCUCAGCCCAAAAGAGCACCAACUUUUUCAGCAAUGAACUUGCCUGACAGCAAUGCAAAAGAAACUGCCGAGUUGAAUCUUCAGGGGCAAAUGAGCUAUCCUGGAAACACCAUGCCUGUUGCUAGUGGUGGCUCAGGUUCACAGUAUUCAGGUGCCCCAACAACAGUUGAGCAAGGCUACAAUAUUACACUUAUGAAUGAGAAUGGUGCUGGAGGCCUGAGCGAGCAGUCAUCUUUUUCUUCGCUUGCGCCAAGAGUGGAUAACAAUAACAUGGAGGAACUUGCUCAUCUAAUAACAGUCCAAGAGGCAUAUUACUGUGCAGUCCUUGACCCAGACCAGAAAACUCCUCUGAAACUCUUUCGACAGUCUCCUCAUGCUCUGGUGAAUAAGUAUGCUUAUGGUGUUCUGAUAUCAGAUUCUGGGGAACGUCCAGCAGAUGCAGUUCCUCUUGAACCACACAGGAUUUCUGGUUCUUCUCAAACCCAACAUUCUGUAGGCACACCGAACAAUAUCCAUUCUUCUAGCAGUGGACCGAACAAUAGGAGUCAUGACUUUCAGCUCCUUCAACAGCAGAUGAGAUCUCCAGUGAACAGCACCUUCAAGCUCAUUUACAUCAAGGGGCAAGUACCUGCUUUCUGUGCUGAUCCAUCCGGGAGCCGUUUUAUCCAGCAGGCGCUUGAGACGGCAACACCGGAAGAGAUAAUUAUGGUCUAUGAGGAAAUCAUGCCUUAUGUUCGUACGCUGGCCAUUGAUGUCUUCGCAAAUUACGCAGUUCAGAAGCUUCUUGAUAAUGGACCACAAUUCUACAAAAGGAAGGUCAUUAGUCGUCUGAUUGGGAAUGUGUUAACCUUAAGCCUUCAUAUGUACGGUUGCCGAGUGGUCCAGAAGGCUUUUGAAAUAUGCGAUAUGGAUCAGAAGGUAGAGAUGGCCAGGGAGCUUGGAAGCAAAGCACAGAAAUGUGCUCGUGACCAGUACGCAAACCAUGUCAUUCAGAAAUGCAUGGAGUGUGUGCCACCGCAGCACAUCCAGUUCAUCUAUAGAAGCUUCUGCGGAAGGGCCAAGGUGUUGUCCUUGCAUGCUCAAGGAUGCCGUGUCAUGCAGAAAGUGUUGUCGUGCUGUGGUAAUCCGGAGAUCUAUCAGACUUUGGUGUCAGAGAUCGUCGACUCUGUUACCAAGCUGUCUGCAGACCAAUAUGGAAACUACGUUGUUCAGUACAUAUUGGAGCAUGGAGGACCGAUUGAGCGAUCCAUCAUUGUGAAAAGAUUUGCUGGGCGGAUCAUGAGCAUGAGCUACCACAAGUUCGCGUCCAACGUCAUCGAGAAGUGCCUGACCUUCGGCAGUUACGAGGACCGCCAGCUGAUCACGAAGGAGAUCCUCACGGCUGGCGGCGGCGAACAGUUCGAUCAUCUGACGGACAUGAUGGUCCACCUGUACGCCAACUUCGUGAUCCAGACGAUGGUGGUGACGGCGGAGGAGUGGCAGCUGGCACUGCUGGUGGAGGUGGCGCGGCGCAACCUGGGCACGCUGACGAGGUACCCGCAAGGCAGGCAAGUCGUCUCGGCCAUGGAGAGGUUCCUCGGCGCGAGAGAAAAGAUGGUAGGUGAACAUCGUCUCCAACGCAUCGGCUCCAACUCGAGCGAAGAGGUGGAGCCCAUCGCUCAGGAGGCCCCAGUUUUUGCUAUUCCUCAGCAGUAG